CGUCAACUGCAGAUGAAUUCCAAUGACGUCGUUAUUGCUUUUGUCGACCAGCAAAGCCAUUACAUUUUUUUGGUAUUUAAUUUGUUGUUCCCUUUUCUUUUCCAACGAAUAAACUGCCCAAAGGAAUGAAUUUAAGUACCGGUUGGAUGACAUGGAGCCCAAAUUCAGCUUUCCUACCAAUAUCCAUGGAUUCUAGCAGUAAUACUAGCAGGAUUUCCUGUCAUACACAUAACCCACUUUGGAAUAUGGCGAGAAGGGGAAGGGUAUGUAUAACGGUGAAUGCCAAGAAGAGAAGCGAACCAGUUUUCAAGCCUUCCGUUGUUGAAAAAGUUUCUUUGGUUGAUGAGGCUGAGGAUGAGCUUCUUCUUGAAGAUG